AUGACGAGCAGCUCGGGCAACAAGGACUUUCGCGACCAGCUCGGCAAGUUUCGCCUCGAGUCUCCCAAUCUCUCGUCUCCCACGGCCACCUCCUUGCCCAAACCAUCCCCUCGCUCGUCGUACCAUUCCGCUUCCUCGCCCUCAUCGCUGCUACAGCAGCAGCCCCCGCCAACGUCCGACUCGGCACCGACGCCCGACGCCACGUCCACCCCGAGCGCGCGCAGCAAACGCGUAUCGACGGCAUGCGAUUUUUGCCGUAAACGCAAGAAGAAGUGUGACUUUCGGUACCCGAAUUGCUCGGCCUGCACGCGUGCCGGAGUUCGCUGUACCAUCCCCCCGCCCGGCCCCCAGGUCGCGAGUGCUUCGGUGCCCCGAGAUCAGCUGGAAACCCUACAAAAACGAGUCCGAUGGCUAGAGGAGGUCGUGCGGCGCAAAAUGGGCGUCUCCGUGGUCGACCUGGCGACGGGUUCCCCCGUGGACGGCGAGGGAGAUCCGGAUUGGUGGUAUCAGGUCCCCGCGAUGAUCGCGACCGGCAGUCGCUCAUCCGUGAAUUCCAUGCUGAGCCCCGUGGGGAGCGGCAGCUCCUCGACGACGCCAGGAUUGGCAGCCAUCUCAGAGUCACCCUCGGGGGUGGGUGUUGAGCUGCCCAACGUGGGCGAGAUCCUGCGCGAUCAGCUGGAAAAUCGCCGUCCGUCCGUGGCGCGGCCAUCCGUCGCUCCACGGGUGCUACGCCUGGCCUCACUUGAGGAGGCGGAACGAGUCGCAGGCCAGUACUUUGACAGCAUAGGAUACCAGUACCCAUUCCUCUCCCGGCCGGAGUUCUUCGGCCAUCUGCGCCACAUCUACACGGGCGGCGUGCCAACCCCAGAGGUCCAUAAUGCGUACCACAUCAUCAUCGCCACCUCAUUGCUGAUCGGAUCGGCCGAGCCUGCACAAGCCAGCGAGUUUUAUCACGCGAGCCAGGAGACUCUCCCGCUCGCGCUUCAGAACGAGGACUUGCCGUCCAUUCGGGCCUUGCUCGGGUUGGCCCUGUAUACCAUGUUUGCAACCACCGGUCCCAGCAUCUGGCAUGUCUUGGGGGCUACCCUCCGACUCGCGAUUAGCAUGGGCCUGCACAAAGCUCGGUCAUACCCAACGAUGAUGGAAGAAGAGAUGGCCAAGCGUGCCUUUUGGAGCCUAUACAACCUGGAUCGCCUCAUUGCCAGCACGUUGGGACGACCUCUGGGGAUUCCAGACGACGAUAUCAGCGUGGGCCUCCCACGGGAGCUGAAUGACGAUGGGAUGGAAGCACCCGGUGCUAGUACGAUGACCAUUCCUCUGCAGGUCAUCCGCCUGCGACGGAUCUUUUCUCGUAUCUACCAAUACUUGUACAGCAAUCUCCCCCAACCAUCUCCACAGGAGGUCGCCGCCACGCUAGGUCAAUUUCGUCGCGAGGUGGAUGACUGGCGCAUGGCGGCCCCUGUUUACCCUUCUGCACUCCUCUACUCGACCUCUUACUACGACUAUCUGUAUUAUACUACCUUACUGCUGAUGUACCGGCCGAGCCCUCGAAAUCCCACUCCGGAUGCAACCAGUCUUGUCAGCUGCGGUGAUUCCAGUAUUCAAGUGAUUCGAUCCUACUGGGAUAGCUACUCCGUGGGCAAGCUGAAAUGGAUCUGGUUGACGCUGAGCCAGGUCUAUUUCGCCGGCAUCACCAUUUUGUGGUGCUUGGAACAGAAUGCCCGUUGUUUGCGCGACUCCCGGCCAGCUCCAUGGCAUCCCGACGAGCAGAUCAUGCGUCGGGGCAUCCAAGCUGUUGUGGUGCUGCUCGAGCAAUUUGGUAAGCGGCGUCCAGGAGUGGACCGACUGGCCGAGACAUUCCGCCAUCAAAGCACCACAAUCUUUAGCCAAAUGGCGUAUCGACAACAACAACUGGAACAGCAACAGCAGCAGCAACAGCAGCGCCAUCAUGUACAACCUCUUAUGCCACCUCAACCCUCCGUCACUCUCGCCCCUCCACCCCCACCUCCAGUUCCCUUGGCCCCUGUUUUGGAUGACGUUUUGCUGGUCGAUGGCCGCGGGGCCAUGCCCAUGGUCGACCCGCAGAUGGCAGAGCAACUUUAUUAUUCAUACAACUGGUUUCAGGAGGAGAUGGCCAGUUACUAUACCCUUUGA